AUGGCAUAUCCUGUGGCAGAACGCCUAUUCGUGUCACACCUCCGCGUCCAAGGGGUUAACCCCGCGUUCUUGAGCGCUGCAACUUACGGCAAGACUAAUGUCGUUGAGCUCCUGCUCACCACUGGUCUAAUCACUGCCGAGUCUCUUGAUAACGCCUUCGAGGCUGCUGCGAGACUUGUCGGGGUUGUUCACUUCGACACAGUGAUAUUCGUAUACAUGACACGCCGAGCAUUUCUAGACGCAACAAACAAAGCACACGAACGUAUUUCUGACAAAGCAAUUAUAACAGCAUUCGAAAAGGCUACUGAAGGUGAAGAAAGUAACAUCAACUACCACAGUCGCUACCAGGAGCUCUGUAUCCCCACUGAGAUGAUCUGCAAAGCCUUCGUCAUUGCAGCAUCUAACGGCAACUUGGAGGUCGAGGAGCAUCUAUAUGACUAUCACCGCAUUUCUGCUGAAGCAAUGGGUGAAAGUUUCGCCGGUGCAGCAUGUAGCAAUCAUGUGGACAUGAUGACGUCGCUCUAUGACGGUCAGCACAUUCUCCAUGGCCGUUUUUCAAGCAUUUAA